GAACAUGGUCCGUAUCCAAUCAAAACACGCGUUGCAAACGAAUCGUGUUAGAAUGGACGAUAGACCAUGCGCGCGCGUGUAUUCUUUUCCAGCAGGCCAACGCUCUUCCAAAAGCCUCCCCGCAAGUGUACCGGUAAACAGGCGAGUCGCGGGAUUAGUUACAUCUGUGAAAUGAUCGAGGAGUCCCGCAUUUAAUUAUGUAUUUAUUUGAAGAUUUGCUAGUGGUCAAACAUAAUAUAUUUAACCUCUAGGUCUACUUAAAAUCUGUCAAAGUCACGGCCAGAAUGUUCCGCUAAACUUACUGAGAGGACAAGCUUGAAAUAAUGUCAAACGCUGAUUUCGUGUGUUGACGAGUUAUUUUGAUAAAUAGGCGGAUUUGAUUGAUUGAUAUAAACAUCUGGCAUAAAAUAUGACGUCAGUGUUUAUUGUUUAUCCUCUGUCGACCGAUUGGCGACUGAACUAAAGAAAAUCCUUUCCAAAAAUAUCAAGGUUAGAUAGACAAAAUAGAUAAAUGAUAAAAACGCGCAGCUUGAAGUAAAAUGAAGACAUAUAUAGACAUCACGUGAUGUUUGUUAGCGAGCGUAAACGAACAGCUUAAUUAAAAUAUUUGCAUUAUAUAGGUAUUUUUGCUUAUCAAAGGACACUGAGCUAACCACGAAAAAGUCUUUCGUUACAUUUGACUUGGUAGAAUAGAUAUAAUCGCCAUAUAUUUGUAUAUUAUGGUACAUACAAAAAUGUAUAUAAAACCAACCCAGGCCGCAAGCGGUCUUCGUUAAUUAGUUUGUCCAACAUUGUCCCACCCCAGUUAUAUAUUCCAACAUUAUACACGCAAAUACGUCGAAUAUUUCUUAAUUAUACCUGUUUUAUUUUUCAAUUGCUACCAGCACAACACUGUAUAGUAUAAACCGCUAGAUGCUUUCUUCAUAUGACAAAUCUAAAACCAACACGAUACCCAUAAAACAAAGCUCCUCUCUCUCUGGUGAUAGCAAAGCAACAAAGGGAAUAUAUUACUUAUCUCCACAAACUGCAGAUAAAACAUGUUAUCUAGAAGGAUAUUUUUUAUAUUAAAAUCAAAACCUGCAAAUCUGGUCAUGUUGAUUAUUUAAAGAUUUCCUCAACGUAGAUUGAAGGCGUUUAGACAGGAACUAGUUGGAGGUAGUUUCGUGGUAAACACCACAUAUAUAUAUCAAGAAACUGCAGCUAAAACCAAGCUCUGUCAAUUAACAUCGAUAUGUGAAUCAUAAGUACAUACAGUACAUACAAAUUUAAAUGAAAACAUGAGUCUGUGCCAAGACGAGUUUAUUUUCGUGGAUUUGUGUAGAACAAUCUUAUGAAAUGGUUUGAAUUUAACAUCACAUUUCCCUUAAAACCUGGUGGAACACUUUGGGUUCUGUAUUGAAAAGGUUUCUGAUGCAAGAAACUUGGCAUCUUCUCUAGUCCAGGGUACCAGGAGUGUAUGUAGACCGGAUCGUAUCGUACCCGGAUCGUAUCGUACCGGAUCCUAUCGUACGGGAUCGUUACCCUAGGCUAGCGAAGAUGGAAACUUGGUAGAUAUUUAGCAAAAUACAAUGCAAAGUUAGGUAGGACUAAUAAAACGUAUAACCUGUUACUGCGUGAGAUCAGGUUCUCACAGUCCAAGCCUAAAGUGAAAGACUACAGGUAUCCCGUCUGGGGCCUCAAAUAAAUAUCGCCCAUGCACUACUUAAGCUAUAUAGUAAUAAUAACAAUAACAAUAAUAAUAAAUUCUUUAUUUAAAGAGGAUAAAUGACUGAGCAAUACAAGUUAAUACACAUUUUCCGUCAUGUCCUCAAAUCAUUUAUUUAUGCAUUCAUUCAAUUCAUACAUUUAAUGUAUUCAUUUUUGUUCUUCAAAUAAUUCAUUCAUCAAUUCAUUCAUUCAUUCAUUCAUUCAUUUAUUAAUCACUUAGAACAUUUGAAUGUUCCCGCUUAAAAGGUAGUCCUUCCUUAAAAGAACACACUUUUUCAAAGUUAAGAUUUUUUAAUCUGCAACAACAGGACUCGAACAACAUCAAAAAAUACAUAUAACGUCAAAACAGAAUAUUUAUAAUGCAGAUUGUCAAUUUCGAGCCGUUAACGUGCAUAUGGUAUGACGUUGGAUAUUUUUGUCUGAGAAGCGAGCAACUUUGUUCUUGGCAAUUUUCCUAACAAGUGUUCUAUGCAUAUUGGUUUGUGGCUAAAAUGUGUAAAUGGCUUAAACGACUUGGUUUUUUUUCUCUGUUGGAUGAUCCUCAAAUGUUAGGUUAGAGUCUGAUAUGAUGCUAUGCCUUUCUUUGAUUCUGUGUCAAGACGAGUUUAUUGACGGAGCAUGAUAAGGGCAUUUGUUGUAGUAUUUUUUCAAUAUGCAAGUGUUUGGUUUUUCUUGUAGCGUUUGCAGCUGCCAUUAACUUCUCCAUCCUCCCACAAUGUCUACAUUGUUUUGUAGCGUUAACCUGCCCCCUGCCUUCUCUAUGAUCCUGAGUAUUUCGGUGCCAUUGGUGAAUAGUAAGGAACAUAGAGCAGAAAGGGUUGUUUUCGUCGAAAAGUGUCCAAAUCAUUUCAAUGCUCAUGGAGGGAUUCAAAUAACUUCAACACCAAAUCGAAGCAAAUCAACACGAAAAUAAUUAUAUGAUAAACUUGCGUAUUCUAAAAUGUUGAUAAAGAGUUUUAUUUAGAUAUAUUCAACUAAUUAUACAGUGUUUGAAAAAAAUAUUAAGGCAUCGAAACAAGCUCCAACGAGCUUUCCAAUGAUGGAAGAUACUGUGAAUGUUUAUUGCUAUCAAUCAAAAGGGUUUCCUUGACAGGUGAGCGUAGUAAGGAUUUCUCUAAUCUAAAUGAUUUUACAAACUAGUUUGAUCCAGGUUACACUGGCUCGGUGACACAUAUUACAGACACAGCGGGCCUUUACUCAAGUACCGGGAAAUGUCAAGUGGUCUAAAGCGUAACAUAGUUUAAUAUGUAAGUGUUUUGUUUAUGUCUUGUUUAAAUGCACUACUCAUUAAUGACCUUGCGGGCAGGAUGCACUUUACUGCAGCGUCGACUCCUAACAAUCAGCAUUGUUUUGUAUGAAACAUUACGGUAUUUCUUGUGAUAUAUGUUCGUACAAUCACACUUAGCGCCUAUAGUGUCCGUCUCAAUCAAUGUACUUCGGCAUAAUUUCCAUCAAUAUAAAUCAUGUCACAGAAGAAAUUAAGCUCUGCUUGUGAUAGACUCCACGUGUUGGUGAGGUAGAUUUGAAAGGUUUUUUUGUUUUUUGUUCAUGUUUCAUAAUUGUGUAUCAUACUAGACUAUGGUCAGUUCAGACAAUUAUUUAUUCGCCUUUAUUUGACGGAAUGGAGAAACACAUACAAAAACAUGUUAAAGGAACCGAACCUGAACUUGCCCUAGCUCUUACAAUUGGUUGUCCUUGGCGUUGGGUAAGUGGAUUAUUACACCACUGAACAAAGUUUUGGGUCAGGGGGUAAAAGCGGCCGGGUUUUGGGGGCGUCUGUCUGUAGGUAGGGGAUUCCCGAUCACUCACUAAGCUGAGAUAUGAUACUUUUCUCUUUCAUUAUGAUAGAUGGUUUAAAGGUAUUUAUGAAUAAUCUGCGAUUACCCCUAGCUGUGCUAUUACAAUGUUUUAUUGUUUUUAUACAAAGUUUUGUCGCAAUAAUAGCUCAAAUAGUUGAAUAUUCUUGUUCGUAUGUAUGCAAUUCUAAAUAAAGAUUCCUGUAUCUUGUACUUCGUAUCUUGUACGUGUUUGUGUUGGGGACUCUUGUAAUAUUGGACCUUGUAACAAUCAGCCAUCACCAAUUGUUUCAACCAUUUGAUUGAAUAAAAAUACCUAAAAUAUAAUGAUUAGGUUGAUUACCGAUUAAAAAAGGAUGUUCCCCCUUGUGACCGAGUUCCCCCGGCCAGGUUUCCUUCUGGGCCUCACUUUGAUUAUAAUAAGUCAGAAAGAGCUAUUGCCCCUGAGAUCGACGGGGAUUGACGCAAACGAUAAUAUUAUGGCGGCGAGUAGUCCUUGUCGAUAGAGUCAGGACAAGGGGCCGAAGUGUUCUCCGAGACGUGUUACACUUCGCCCUCGUGAAAGAUGACACUCCUUGAAUGAACAAAUGUACAUUUAGGUAUAUAUAAAACAUGAAAUUAACUAUUAUACGCUAGAGGAUAGGUGACAUAUAGUUGUUGAAUAUAUCUAGCUCAGAAUGUGUUGAUCGGAAAUUGUCAGUUGGUAAAGAUGAUCUAAACGGACAAAUUUCCUGCCACAGUUUAACACUGUGUAUGUGGAAAUGAUAGGCUAUGUACGUGCACGCAUGUUGCUUCACUCAACAAAGUACAUCAUACCGUACACGACUCGCAUGCUAACAUUUUCAAUACGGGGAAGGAUUUGAAAAAAGCGUUGCACGUGCAUUGAUUAUAUGCAGGCGCAUGCAUUUUUAUCAAGAAACCCACUUUAUCGGAAACUUUCAGUACAUGAUCUAUGUGCUAGAAUAGUAAGUCCCCGGCGGUACGACGAGGUGUUCGCCAAUCAAUGGCAAGCAUAAAAAAACCACCAGGUCGACUUUAACUUCGAUACUGUGUUUAAAGUAUUUUAUAUGGUGAAAAAAUGUGAUUAAAAGAUGUUUCGCAAUCAUGAAAAAAUGCCUUUAGUGUAUUUGCAUUUCGUGUAUAUGACUCGAUUUCACCUGUAUCUGACUCAAAUGAUCGUGUCGACUCGAUAUAUCUUGUAUGGACUCGAGUUAUCGUGUAUUGACUCGAUUUAUCGUGUAUCUGACUCGAGCUAUCGUGUAUUGACUCGAAUUAUCAUAUAUUUGAUUCGAGGUAUCGUGUAUCUGACUCGAGUUAUCGUAUGUGCGACUGGAGAUUUCAUGUGUGUAAUUCGAGUUAUCGUGUCUCUGGCUCGAGUAACUCGUAUGACAGUUUAUCGUGCUCAAGUUAGUAUAUUAUCAAAUUUUGUUGUUAAAAACACUCUAAAUUUCGUAUCCUUUUUCAUUUUUGAGUAACUGCAUACGGCUUAAGUCAGGUUAAUGUAAGUAAAAGUGACACGACGUAGAACCACCCCAGAAGUCCUAGAUAAACCAAGCGCUAUAAUAAUAGGGAUGAAAUCAUACGAACAGUCUGUAUUAAUGUACCCAAACAUCUUAAAGUUGUUCGACAAACACAGAUUCAGGUUACUACUAAAAUUAAGAGAGUGUGAGGUCUAUCAAGUAUCAAUUAUAAACAGAGGAGAUGUAGAUUUUCCGCAGUAACCGUUUUCGUGUUAUACCCUGGCAUAGAUAAGGGGGGAAAAUGAGGCAAUGUCAAACUUAAUACCUUGUCACUGAAAAUAGCUCCCAAUACAAUGCUAUUCACUUGCUGUUGUGAAAAAGAGUACGUUUUCAUCAAAAUGCAGAAACUUUAAUUUUUGCUUACUCUAUCUCAGGUCAAGUGGAAAAAAAAGAAGUGAGCAUUACAUCAACUCACAAAGUCGAAAUAGCACUGAAAGUCUAAACGAAAAUACAAUAACAGAAAGCAAUGCCACACCAAAACCAAAAUGAAGAAAUGAAGAUAACAACAUGAAGCGAAAGCACACCAAAACAAGAGGAAGCAAAACAAAAGGAGAAGACAACAUCAGGACUGAGGAACCGCAAAACAAAAGGACAAACAACACCAGGAAUGUAGGGCUAAACGAACAAACGAAAGACAUAAUUAGAUCCCACAACGAAACAAAAACAAAGGGAUAAUUGUUUUUUUUUUUUUUUUUUAUCAAAAAGCACAAACUUGACUUAUUUAUUGUAGCAAAUUUCUACCAUCGGCAUACAACUAACGUAAGUUUUGAGUUACGUAUGUCAAAAUAUUUUUUUUAUGAUGAAGACUUAAUAUGGUAAUAUGUCGACAUGCUUUAUUAAUUCAUAAUUUCGCAUUAUCCUAAAAACAAUUGGUUAGAUUAUUACGUAAUUGGCUUUUUGAUUUCUGGUGUUUACUUGGGAGUGACAACGACUAGAUAAUUAUGUAUCUCACGGUUAUAAUUCCGACAUAUUUAACCAAACACAAGGUAUAAUGAUAAGUAGACUUAAUACUUAAUACUUAAUCACAUGGCCCUUUCUUGGAAAAAAAUGAACUGCCCUUUUUCUGUUUUGCUUAAUUAAGUGGUAAGUUGGCAUCAUAUCUGAGCAUUUACAUAAUGAAAAGCCGUGUUAUUUACUUACGUAUAGAUAUCUCAGCAAAUGUGAUGAUAUGUCGGCAAUUUAAACAAUAUGUUAACAUCUUUUCAGAUCGUGUCGACAUCUUUUGAAAAAUAUGUUGACAUACCUAAGACCUUUGUCUAUGGCAGAAAUGUGCCACCAUAUACUUACAUGUUUAACAGAGGCAAUUAUCUCAUUUUGUAUAUGAAUGUUGGACUGAUUUUUACUGGUGCCGAGUACGGUAAGUGAAUACAUAAAUAAUACCAUUUUUACAUCAACACUAAACACCAACUGUAAUUGCUAGCUAGAAAGCAUCUACCCCUUUUCAUCAACGAUUGGAACCCAUUAGUGUUUAAAAAUGUUUAAAGUAACUUGAGUGUCGGUGCUUUCUGUACCAGUUACCCCUCUAGCAAAUUUGUAUGUAAUGAUCAUCUUCCCAUGUAUUCACAUUAGCUAAAUGCCAAAUCAUCUAUGUUUUUAUUCUGGUAGAAUAGAUCGUGACAUUAUCACAAAUAGAGACGGCAUAGUUAAACAGCCGUUCAAGCUUAACUAAAUAUCAACGGGGAUUCUGAGUCAUAGAUCGGAAAACAAUUUAAUUUUUUUUUACAAACUUGAAAUAAAACAUGGAUCUCAUAAAAACAGGUAUUGUCAACCAAAGCAAGUGAAAAAAUAAAGCUAGGUAGGAAAUUUUAGAAUUUGUUCUCUUCGUUUUUUUUACUAGAUUGAAAACAAGCUUGCCUGACUUGCUCUGUUGGUACCAUGCCAAUCAUAUCGGCGUUGCGAGCAUUCGUCUGCCAAGACUACAGUUUUGACAAGGAGAAUGAACUCCGAACACUUCUGUUUAAGAACAACUCUUACAACCUAUUUGCGCGUCCAGAGCCUACUGUAAAUGUUGAUGUGUCGUUAAAUAUCAUCAAUUUCAACGAUUUGAAUAUCAGAGACCAGCAGUUAACAACGACAGGAUACUUUUUCAUGAGGUGGACGGAUGGUCGCCUAUUCUGGGAUGAUUUAAUGCCAUACAAUCUGGACGUUCCAGUCAUUUUUACGUCAGAAGAAUACGUUUGGCAUCCAGCAUUGAUCGUAGAGAAUUCGAUUAGCGACAUAUCGGUGAUAAGUGACAGCGGCAGUCCAAUUUUGGUAGAUUCCAAGGGAUCGCUAACCUGGAGACCUUCGGGAAUAUUUGCUACCUACUGUGAUGUAGAUAUACAACUAUAUCCGUUUGAUACACAAAUAUGUUCCAUCAGUUUGACGUCGUUAGCUUACAGUAUGAAAGAAGUAAAUCUCGUUUUCAACCCCAAUCCUGUGGAUACGGAAGAUUUGAAUGAGAAUGGAGAAUGGAUUUACAAUGGGUAUUCAACUUCUAGAGAGCUCGUGACAAGAGAAAGUUUGACAUACUCCGUUUUGAUUUUUAAUUUCGUAUUGAAGCGUAGGCCACUAUACCAUGUACUGAACACUUUUAUUCCCACAAUAUCACUUGCCUUUCUCACGUGUAUGGUGUUCAAGCUUCCUGCCGACUCGGGUGAAAAGAUUGGGUACGCGCUGACAAUUGUCCUGUCGUAUGCUGUUUACUUGACGUUGGUAGCGGACAGCACCCCUUCCUCCUCCACGACAGUUUCACUUUUAUCAAUCUAUCUUGUCACAACACUUAUCCUUGGAAUGCUGUCAGUGGUCUUGACCAUUUUUGUCCUUGACUGUCACCAUGCCGACGAGGUCAAGCCAGUUCCGAAACUACUCCAGCAAUUUUGUAGAAUGAACUUGAUCAGCAAAUGGUGUGCAAAGAUUAAACAUCGAGAAAAGGUCUCAGAUAGUGUAGAUACAAUCCCCACAACCGAGGAGAACGUCGACAUAUCUUUGACUUUGGACAAAUUGGCGGGAAAAGAAGAGGUAACCUGGAGAGAUGUAGCCCGAACACUCGACUGCUUGUUCCUUUGGUUGUAUUUUUUCAUAGUUUUUGUCGGAACGAGUGCCUUAGUCAUCACGUUUGCUAUUGCUUAUCAUCAGUAAUAUCACUUGUGUGUGUAUCUCAUCAAUAAUACAUGCUAUACCUGUUUAUGUAUGUUCAGUUGACGUACUUGCCAAAGUUUGAUCAGUAGAGUCGUCCGGGUGUUUAGUUCUCUGGGUAUUUAUAGCCCAAAGACUAUAGCCACGGAUCUAAAAUUCUGCCGGAGUUUUGCUUGUAAUCGCAUCAGUGAUAUAACUAUACAUUUGUUGGAGAAUAGUGUGAUGCCCGAUUGCAAGUUUGAUACAAUAAAUGGUAUUUUUUCUUAAAAAUGUAUUCAAAAUUAAUUAAUUAGUACUCUUUUAUAAGAUAUGAAUUUUGACAUGCUAAAAAUAGCACACAUGCCUUUAUAUGGUCAAACAGGGAGCGAGGCAUCCGUGUCUUACAGACACAUUUCUAUUUUUUUGAAAAAAAUAUGUUAUUGUUUAAUUAUGUAACAGAAUUAAUGCAAGGUAUUUUGUUUCCGGGACCUGACAACAGGAUUCAGCAGUUUCAAGCACUUCAGUGAUAUGCCAAGAGAACUACGUGGCCCUUGGCCUCUUGUUAUCAGUAUCAGUUCAUGUUUACGUAGAAUUAGUAUUGAGUUCUUUUGUACGUAUUAUUUUCAGUAGGAGUCUUAUCAUUUCCUUUUGUAUGGAAUACAGUGUGUUUCGCGAACAUCCUCAACAAGAAACAAGAACUCGAAAACAGUCUAGAUUAGAUGUCAUUUAGAUGUAUUAAAAGCUACACGUUACGUGUACUUUCGACAUUUUAAUUUUUGUGGUAUUGUUCGUUCUUAAUAAUAUUUUUAAACGGAGCACGUUAUUACAAUUGUACGAAGAAAUGAUAAAUGUAUGGUGAAUGAACGACAUUUUGUAACGUGCGAUAACAUGUCUAGCAAGAUUCUUGUCUGUAAUAUAUACAAUAUAUAUGAAAC